AUGAGAGCUAAGAAGCCCAAGAGAGCCGCUUCUGCUGCCGACUCUGAUGGUGACACGCAUAGCAGUGAAUUGGAACGGCAACUCGAGUCAAUAAGGCAAGAAAACGAACUACUUAAAGAACGACUCCAAUCAGUGACGAAUACUCCUAGUAUUGCUAAUGGUUUUGAGCGUCGUAGUAAACGCAGUGUUGUUGAGCCCUGCAAGAAUCAGCCAACACCGAUGGAAAAGGCUAGAGGGAGAUUAUUCGCUGAUUUGGAGUGCGUUAUAUGCAGAGAUCUCAUGGUGUCACCAGCAACACUAGAAUGUUCGCAUUCCUUCUGUUACAAAUGUAUUGAGGAAUGGCUAACUGGUGGUAACUUCCGUUGCCCUGUUUGCCGUGUUGGCAUCACAAGAUCUCCGACAAAGACGAUACAGUUGCAGCAGGUUGUUAUGACUACUGUUGAGACACAUGGCACAGAGUCUGACCAGGCCGAAUAUGAUGAUCGCAUGAAGGAGCAUAAGGCUUGGGAGAGGAAGCAGGAGACCGACCGUGCCAAGUUGGAGGACACUAUAGGUUCAGCUUCACAUAAAGGGCAGCAGUUCUUCGACAUUGCACUACCAUGGAAUUCCGAGGACAAGGCGAGGUUUCAGGCAGGUAUCCGUCAUUAUCGUAGUGAUGCUAGAGAGCUGUACUGUGCGAUAACUGGUCUGACCAAAGCAUGGAUACAACGGUCUAGUCGAGACAGUCUCGAUGUGGCUAUGAAGAAUUUGAAGAUUGGUACCAUUGAGGCAGCAAGUGCAGAGGACUCGUCUCAAGUGUGUUAUGCCCCGGAUGAUGUUAUGAGACGACGACUUUUACUAUUUACCCGCUAUUGUUAG